GUUUGUCGGGAUUUACAAGCUCACCUGCAGUGCGUGAUCUUUAGCACAAUUGACACUGCUGAGGAGGACUUACUGGGUUCACACAGUUUGAAUCUCAUCUUGGUUUGUGCUUCUCACUUGGAUGAAAAUGACCAUCAAACACUUUCAGAUCGAAUACGACGCCAUCAACAGAAGGAACAUUUUUACCAACGGAGACACCAUAAAUGGACGGAUCAUCCUAGAAGCCGUGAAGAAAACAAGAAUCCAGUCGCUUGUUUUUAAAGCUACAGGAAAAGCUUCGCUUCGCUUAGUUAAUUACUACGGGAACAUAAUAGACAGGGAGGAUGAGAGAGAUGAUCAAAUUCACCUGGAGAAAAUAAAAUAUUAUCGAAUCAAACAGGAUAUCCUGAAAGAAGGAGAACAAGAAGACUGGAACGUCAUUGAAAAAGGAAGGCAUGUCUUUCCUUUCAGCUUCAAGGUACCAAACAGCCGAAAAAUACCUUCAUCUUUCUGCUCAGUCUUUGGCCAAAUUGUUCAUACGUUGAAGGCAGAGCUCAAGCAAUUGAUGAAGCUGACAAAAAAAGCUGAAACUCACUUCACAUUUGUGUGCAAACCAUCCGUAUCAGGACUUAUGGCCCGUCAACAUGGAAGCAUGAACAAAAACAUUGCUCUUGGCUCUGGAAAGGUUUCAAUGACCGUCCACACAAGGCAGAAAGGAUACAAACAAGGUGAGGCUCUCCGGGUCCGGCUUGAAAUUGAGAAUCUCUCAAGUCGUUCGGUCAAGCCUAAAUUUGUACUUGAUGAGAAGAAGAUCUACUUUGGCAUAAACCGAAGUAAAAUUCAGAAACAUGAGAUACUGAAGGAAAAGGCAGAUGCAGUCGAAUCAUUCUCGGGCAAAACAACGGUAAUAAAGGAGAUCACCAUCCCUCAAGAGCUUUCCCCGUCCAUUUUGAACUGUUCCAUCAUCAAGAUAGAGUACAGAUUAAAGGUAUAUCUAGAAAUCACAUGUGAGACAGACUUAGUGGUCAAACUCCCCAUUGUCAUCAUACCUGAGCUAUCGGGGGAGAAUCCUUCUGGACGUCCAAAUCAGCCAGCCUGGAUGUCACAACCAACGGUUCCUCCACCUCCCUAUGAAGAAUAUGCAAUGUACCCUUCUUUUCCUUUUGGAGUUUAAAGAGCUCAAAUUUUAAGACUUCCUUUAAAUGGGAAUGUUAUGGUUUUUGUAGGACACACCAGCAGCAGUUUUUUUCCAACCUCGUGAUUGCCUGCGUUGUCUACAGCACAACUUGACAAAUUUGCUGCACGGCGGAGUCAAAGAAAACAUGACUGAGAUUAUUUCCUUUAGAGAACACAACGGCUACUGCAGGCGACUUUAAUACGAAUUCACAAGGUUUUCUUUUUAAAGAAAUGUCUAAAGCAUGUAAUGUAAUGUUCAUGAAAGGCUCUGUGAUGGGCAAGAAAUGUACACAGCCAGGAAGACCAGCUCCUCUUCCCACUGAAUGCUGAAGGCAAUUUGAAGCCACUGAAACUUUUGAUGCACUGUUUGAAAUGUAUCUACAUCCAGCUGGAUCACAGAGUCAGAAAUGCUGUAAAGACAGGGAAAAUGAAUCCCAAUCCUUGUCUUACUUGGGGGUACUGCAGCUGUAAAUAAUCCAUUAUUCUAUCCAAUAUAACAUAGCAUAAAUUGGACAAAAGCAGCACUAGGGCAGUUGCAAUAACAGACAUAAAAGAUGCCAGUUUCAGCUGAUUGUAGUCUCUCAGCUACAAC